AUGAGUGAUUUAGAUAAUUUACCACCAGUGGAUCCAACCACUGGAGAAAUCAUCAUUAAUCCUUUAAAAGAAGAUGGAUCCGCUAAGACUCCAAAGGAAAUUGAAAAGGAGAGAAAGAAAGCAGAAAAGUUGUUGAAGUUUGCCGCUAAGAAGGCUAAGCAAGCUUCUGCUGCUGCUGAUAAAGAUGGAAAUGCUGCUGCUAAGAAGGCUAAGAAACCAAAGAAGAAAGAACCUGAAGUUAUCCCAGAUUUUGUCGAUAACACUGUUCCAGGUGAAAAGAAAAUCUUGGUCUCCUUGGAUGAUCCUGCUCUGAAGGCUUACAAUCCAGCUAAUGUCGAAAGCUCUUGGUACGAUUGGUGGGUAAAGAGUGGUGUUUUUGAACCUGAAUUCACAGCUGAUGGUAAGGUUAAACCAGAAGGUCUAUUUACUAUCCCUGCACCACCUCCAAAUGUUACUGGUGCCUUACAUAUCGGACAUGCUUUAACCAUCGCGAUUCAAGAUUCCUUGAUUAGAUACAACAGAAUGAAGGGUAAAACCGUUUUGUUCUUACCUGGUUUUGAUCAUGCUGGUAUUGCUACUCAAUCCGUCGUUGAAAAACAACUUUGGGCUAAAGAGAAGAAGACUAGACAUGAUUACGGUAGAACCGCAUUCGUUGAUAAAGUUUGGGAAUGGAAAGAGGAAUACCAUGGUAGAAUUAAGAAUCAAAUUAAGAAAUUAGGUGCCUCUUAUGAUUGGACUCGUGAAGUCUUCACUUUAGAUCCAGAAAGAUAUGAAGCUGUUGUUGAGGCCUUCGUUAGGUUACAUGAUGAUGGUACCAUUUACCGUGCCUCUAGAUUAGUCAACUGGUCCGUUAAAUUAAACACCGCCAUCUCUAACUUGGAAGUUGAAAACAAAGACGUUAAAGGUAGAACUUUAUUAUCUGUUCCAAACUAUGACGAAAAAGUUGAAUUUGGUGUUCUUACCUCUUUUGCUUACCCAGUAGUUGAUUCCGAUGAAAAAUUAGUUAUUGCCACUACAAGACCAGAAACUCUAUUCGGUGAUACAGGUAUUGCCGUUCAUCCAGAUGAUUCUCGUUACACUCAUUUACACGGUAAAUUUGUUCAACAUCCAUUCUUGCCAAGAAAGAUCCCAAUUAUUCUUGAUGUCGAAGCUGUCGACAUGGAAUUCGGUACCGGUGCUGUUAAGAUUACUCCAGCUCAUGACCAAAACGAUUACAACACAGGUAAACGUCACAACCUGGAAUUCAUCAAUAUCUUAACUGAUGAUGGUCUAUUGAACGAAAACUGUGGUCCAGAAUGGGCUGGUAUGAAGAGAUUCGAUGCUAGAAAGAAGGUUAUUGAAGAAUUGAAGAAUAAGGGUUUGUACAUUGGUCAAGAGGACAAUGAAAUGAGUAUUCCAACAUGUUCCAGAUCUGGUGAUAUUAUCGAACCACUAUUGAAACCACAAUGGUGGGUUGCUCAACAGGACAUGGCCGGUGAGGCCAUUAAGGCUGUUAGAGACGGUAAGAUUACCAUCACACCAAAAUCUUCAGAAGCUGAAUACUUCCGUUGGUUAGAAAACAUCCAAGAUUGGUGUAUCUCUAGACAAUUAUGGUGGGGUCAUCGUUGUCCAGUUUACUUUGUUAAGAUCGAGGGUCAAGAAAACGAUAGAAACGAUGGUCACUAUUGGGUUGCUGGUAGAAACAUCGAAGAAGCCCAAGCUAAAGCUGACGCUAAAUUUGCAGAUGUAAAAUUCGAAUUGGAACAAGAUGAAGAUGUUCUUGAUACAUGGUUUUCUUCUGGUCUAUGGCCUUUCUCUACUCUAGGCUGGCCAAAGGAUACCAAGGACCUAAAGGACUUCUACCCAUUCUCCAUGUUGGAAACUGGUUGGGAUAUCUUAUUCUUCUGGGUCUCUAGAAUGAUCUUGUUGGGUCUAAAAUUGACCGGUGAAGUUCCAUUCAAGGAAGUUUUCUGUCAUUCUUUGGUCCGUGAUGCCCAAGGUAGAAAGAUGUCUAAAUCUCUAGGUAAUGUUAUUGAUCCAUUAGACGUCAUCGGCGGUAUCAAACUAGAAGAUCUACAUGCUAAGUUAUUACAAGGUAACCUGGAUCCAAGAGAAGUCGAAAAGGCAAAGGUAGGUCAAAAGGAAUCAUAUCCAAAUGGUAUCCCACAAUGUGGUACUGAUGCUAUGAGAUUUGCUCUAUGUGCUUACACUACUGGUGGUCGUGAUAUCAAUUUAGACAUUCUUCGUGUUGAAGGUUACAGAAAGUUCUGUAACAAGAUUUACCAAGCUACUAAGUUUGCUCUUAUGAGACUUGGUGAUGAUUACAAACCAUCUGAUGUCGAAGGUCUAACUGGUAACGAAUCUUUGGUUGAAAAAUGGAUUCUACACAAAUUGACUGAAACUGCUAAGAUUGUCAAUGAAUCUCUAGAUAAACGUGAUUUCUUGACCUCUACUAGUGCUAUCUAUGAAUUCUGGUAUUUGGUUUGUGAUGUUUACAUUGAAAACUCCAAAUAUUUGAUUCAAGAAGGUUCCGCCACAGAACAAAAAUCUGCCAAGGACACUCUAUAUAUCCUAUUAGAUAAUGCGCUAAAGAUGAUCCAUCCAUUUAUGCCUUUCAUUUCAGAAGAAAUGUGGCAACGUCUACCAAAGAGAGCCUCCGAAAAGGCUGUCACCAUUGUCAAGGCCUCUUACCCAGUUUACACUAAGGAAUUCGAUAACGAAGCCGCUGCUAACGCUUAUGAAUUGGUUCUAAACAUCACCAAGGAAGCUCGUUCUUUGUUAGCCGAAUACGGUAUCAUCAAGAACGGUAAAGUCAUUGUUGAAUCCAACCAUGAUUCUUUCUUUGAAACUGCUUCUUCUCAAAAGGAUUCCAUUGUUUCUUUAAUUAAGGCUAUCGAUGAAGUCACCGUUGUACGUACUGCUGCUGAGAUUCCAGAAGGCUGUGUCCUAAAGGCUGUCAACCCAGAUGUCAAUGUCCAUUUAUUAGUCAAGGGUCAUGUUGAUAUUGAUGCUGAAAUCGCCAAGGUCCAAAAGAAAUUGGAUAAGGUUUCUAAAUCCAAGGCCGGUAUGGAGAAGACCAUGAACUCCAAGGAUUACGAAUCCAAGGCUAAUGCUGAAGCCCAAGCUGCCAACAAGACUAAGCUUGAAAAUACCGUUGCCGAGAUUGAAGGUUUAGAGGCCACUAUUGAGAAUUUGAAGCGUCUGAAAUUGUAA